AGUUGCAACCACUUGAAGCGUGCUAACAAAAUCUUGGAAAUUGAGGAUUGUACAAAGCUUAUAUGUUGUGUUUGUUGAAAUAGCCAGGUAAGCAAACGUGUCAUUGCUACGUACAACUAUGAAGUUAUCCGUUGCCAUCGUUGUUGUUUCCCUUGUUUUGGCUGCGUCAGAAGUCACUGAAGAAGAUGAUGUGCUUGUAUUAAAUAAAAAGAACUUUGAUGAUGUCAUCAAGAACAAUAAGUUUGUUUUGGUUGAGUUCUAUGCUCCUUGGUGUGGUCACUGUAAGGCUCUUGCCCCAGAGUACAGUGCAGCAGCCAAAAAGUUAAAGGACAAAGGUUCACUAGUCAAACUUGCUAAAGUGGAUGCUACUGUCGAAGACGAACUUGCGUUCAAACAUGCUGUCAAGGGAUAUCCGACUUUAAAGUUCUUCCGAAACGAACAACCCAUUGACUUUGGAGGCGAAAGAGACUCUGACGCAAUUGUAAACUGGUGCUUGAGAAAAUCCAAACCUCCCGUGGAGUAUAUUGAGUCAUUAGAUAGUUGUAAGCAAUUUAUCGACAAGGCUACCAUUGCAAUAUUGGGUUUUAUCAAGGAUACGGACUCCUUGGAUUUGGCAGAUUUCGAAAAAGUGGCCGACGAGUUAGAUGAUGCUGAUUUUGCAAUAGCUAACUCCAGUGAUAUUUUGACUGAGUAUGGUAUCACCCAGACACCAAAAAUUGUUUUGUUUAAAAAUUUCGACGACAAUCGUGUUGAAUAUACGGGAGAAACACUGGGAAAUUUAAAGCAUUUCGUACAGGUGGAAAGUGUCCCUCUUGUGUCAGAAUUCUCUCAGAAGACCGCUGGAAUUGUAUUUGGAAGUCCAAUUCAAAAACACAUCGUCUUCUUUCUCUCAAAAUCAACAGACCACUCGGAUCUCGUUGGUAAGCUGACGGAAGUUGCAAGACAAUUCAAAGGCAAGCUCCAUGUGGUAUACGUCGACGUUGAUGUCGAAAACAACUUACGUGUGUUGGAAUUUUUCGGGCUUUCGAAAAAUGAUGUCCCAACUUACCGAAUUAUCGAACUUGGUGAAGAAACAACUAAGUAUAAACCAGAUACUAACGAUUACUCUGUUUCCGCAAUGUCUGAUUUCGUUCAAAGAACAAUCGAUGGGAAAGUCAAGCCUUUCCUUAUGAGUGAAGAAAUACCAUCAGACCAAACAGGUGCUGUUAAAGUUCUUGUUGGGAAAAAUUAUAACGAUGUAGUUAAAGAUAAAUCAAAAGACGUGUUCGUCAAACUGUAUGCUCCUUGGUGUGGCCAUUGCAAGGCUCUUGCUCCGGUUUGGGAUGAAUUGGGUGAGACUUUCAAAAACUCAGAUACGGUGAUCGCAAAAAUGGAUGCUACAGUUAAUGAAGUUGAAGAUCUUAAAGUUACCAGUUUUCCAACUCUGAAGUUUUACCCCAAGAACUCGGAUGAGGUUAUCGAUUACACAGGUGAUAGAUCUUUUGAAGCCCUGAAAAAGUUCGUAGAGUCUGGUGGUAAAUCCAGUGAAGCAACUAAACAAGAAGAUCAAAUAAAGGAUGAACUCUGAAGCUGCUUCUCAAAUGGCUUUAUUUUGCUUUUGUCCUCAUAUCCCUUUGCUCUAAAGAUCUGUUUUUUUUUUUCAUGUAUGUUCAAAAAGCAAUGAGCUUUAGUUUCAUUUGUCCAUUACCUAGUUGUUUGUAGGCACAUAUUCGUUCAUGAAGUGCCCUUUGACAGUGCAUUUCUGUGAAAAUGUUCCCCAAGUUUUUUUUUGUACCAUCUUAAUUGUUUUUCUUUUUAAGCAUUUUUGAAUUCUGCUAAAUUAAACUUGUUGUAUUUAUUUGUAAAUUCAACUUGUAUAGUAAACAUGGAAGGAUUUAUGCUACAUUUAAUCUUUAGAUAUUGCAAAUGCUACAUUAGCUUUUACUAAAUAGCAUAAUUAAGGUGUAUUCGUCGGGAUUGACAUUUCAGAUGGAUUGUAAAGUCUUUUAUUAUAGGUGCUAAUACUCAUUCCUCUAAAAUCAGUAAAUUGAUAUCUCUUUUAAAAGAAUACUCGCUUCAUUGGUCAUUCAACCAAUAUUUUUGAGUAGUUUCCAAUUUCCUAGACGGUUAGAAUUUGUUUAUGUUCCUUUCCUUGUAUCAUUGGUGGGACAACAGAAUCCUUAAUUGAAUUAAUUUGUGUUCCACUCAGGUUGAUAUUGCUCAGUCGCACAUAAAAUGAGUGAUGUGCAUCGUAAUAUUUAAAACUAAAGACAUUUGAUAGCACUGUGACUCGUAAGUAUUUGUACAUGCUGUUAGGUUUGAAGAUAAUGAAUUUUUGCGCAUAAGUUGUUCAUAUAUUAGAUGGAUGCUUUCCGUAGAAGUAUUUGGUAGGUUUGCUUUUUAGUAUCAGCUUCCAAAGACCAAGGCAUCAAGUAACUUGAUGUAUCUCACUGAUGACAUAUGCCAGGAUCUCACGCCCACUGAGGCUAAGUUCAAAAUACAGGCUUCUAGGUAUUGAGUGAUAUUAGUUAGUAUCUUUGUGCGAAGAAUAAGAUGAAUACUGUUCGGGAUGUUUACGGUUAACAUCAGAUCCGUAGAAACUUAUUGUUCAAGGUUUCAGAUGACACGGUAUAAUUAGAGGUGAUAGAUGCACAGGAAUCCGAAGUAUCAUUUAUAGUGUUAAUUGUGAAAUUAAUGUAUAAUCAUUCUUGUAAAUGGAGCGAAAGGGAGUGUAAACUCAUGACUUCAGAAAAUGGAGGGUCAAUACGAUGUAUUACGCCACUGCAAUUAAUUUAGAACAUAAACGCAGGGCGAAGUAAACAGCUCAAAUGCAACGUAGAAUGUUUUGGAGGUUCAACAAGGUACUCCAGCCUUGGGAGCAAUUUCGUCCGAAUACAGGUCUGGUUCCGUCUCUUGCAUAUACACAACUGCUAUCCGUCCUCAGGAAAUUCAAAUAGGCUCUCGACAGUCAAGUUCCUUCUCAUUGACAUCUCCAAAUGACCGUCAUUGCAUUUCCUUGAAGGCAUGCUCAUCAAAAGACCCAAGCGAAGUCGGUGUUUCAUAAAUAUGUUUGUUUCCCACCCUUGUAAUAUUUAUUACCCUUUAAUCUGACUCAGUCACGAUUUAAAAAAUCCCUGGUAAUAUGAUUUGGAGUAUAUGUUGUCCCUUUUCCAACCAGUCAGUACUAUUGGUUAAGAUUGUGAGUCGCUGAUGGGAAUCUGGGAAAUGAAUGAACCUAGGUGCGCUUUUUUUUCUUUAUAGGAAUUUAUGGAGUUUAAAUUAUUAAUGCAGUAAUACCAAGAUCCCUACCCCAGUUACAAAGAAUUUCGGUCUAUGUUGGUGAACGUGCAGUUUUCCUACGAUAGCAACGUAAUUUUAGUGUUGUUUCGGUUUUAAAGUGAUCCUAAUGUGAUAUCUGCUAUCCAGCUUAUUUUUUGGUAAGAACAAACAACCGUAUUAUUCCUUCAUUGUGCUGGGCCUAUUUAAAUAGUCCAAACUAAUUGCUGUACAUGCCUUCGUGUUACUAAGUAUGUAGGGUUUGGACGUUGUCAAUGAUGUUCAGCCACUAUAUAUAUAAACUGGUAGUAAGGAAUAUAUCCAUGAAGAAGAUACCAUUCACAGUAUUAUAAAUAAAUCGUAUCUGAAACAAUCGAGAAUUUCUACCAAAUAUCACUACAGAUCUUGCUAAUCAGUCAGAGGCUCAGUGACACGAGUUGGUCGGUAGAUUCAUCGUAGUUUGUUAACAAAGUCAAUAUUACAAUGUUAAGCCUUAGCUCGAGAUCUUAUUUGUUUGAACACAAAUAUUGGUACAAGGGGUCACCAGAUACGUAAUAAUGAGGAUAGAAAGAGAAAAAAAUGUAAGGUGCGUGUAAAAAGAACAAUAACGACCACAAAUUAGUGUAAGGUAGUGUAAUAAUAAUAAUGGGGGAAAUGGAAAGGUACAACCAGAAGAAAUCUUUCAGUUAAGGAACUUACAACCACUUCUUAUGAAGAAAGUAAGAGGAGGUUACAGCAGGAUCGCCACUGGCUUCUAUUCUAAGCCAUAUCUGAUAACGUCUUUAGCCACUGUGUUGCACCAUCUCUCGGACCCCAGUCAGGGAGUCGUGAAGGACCAACACAAGCCAGUCCUUUACAGCUUUCUUUCAUGCCACGAAACCAUAUCAUAUACUGACCACAUCUCCGCAUUUUCCAACCAGUCCCAGAGUCGGCAAGUAAUGCACGACGAGGAAUUCUCUGGGACGACAUUCGUAGAACAUGUCCAAGCCACCGAAGUCAGUGUUUCAAGAUGGUGACACCAAUUGCAUUAUCGUCUUUGUGCCCGAAAACACGAUGCCGAACCUCUGCAUUACCAACAUGGUGGUGCCACUGGAUGUCAGCAAUCCUUCGGAGACAACGAUGAUCAAACACAGAGUCGUCUAACGUCCUCAACUCGGAGAGGCCAGGUUUCACAAGCAUAGAGCAAAACUGCUCUCACGGACGCGUUGUAGAUCCGACCUUUUACAGCCAGACUGACAUCACGAAGGCGCCAAAGAUGGCCCAGAUUGGCAUAGGCCGCUCUGUCUUUCACUAUACAUGAAUCGAUCUCAUCACUCACACCCCCACCAGCUCUUAUGCAGCUACCCAGAUACACGAACUUCUCGACUACUUCUAUCUGCUCACUACUCAGGGUGAGUACAGGAUCAGGGUCCUGCCAGUCUUGUAAAAGUGCUAUGCUCUUAGAAGGUGCGAAGCACAUACCAUACCUACGGACACUGAUUGCGGAUUGCAUAUCUUGGGGAUUAUCGCACAGUAAGACAAUAUCAUCCGUAUACUAAAUGUCGAGAAGUCUUUCUCCCGGUGAUAGAUCCACCCAUAUUUUAUAAGUGGUGUGUGAUCUUACUUAAUACAAUAAAUUGGUUUACAUUAUCUGAGCCUUCAUUCAUUACAGUGCUACA